AUGGCUUUACCAAAGGUGAUCCGGUUGGCUGUUGUUCUUUUGGUUAUAUGUUGCGCUCUGGACAAGCCCGGAUUCAGACACUCUGUGUCCGUCUUCUUUGAGGAACUGAUGGCUGUUAAAUCACCCAGCAUUCAUGUCAGAGAGAAAAGAGAAACUUUUACGAAUGUCACUGAUUACGAGUUCCAAGUUAUUUUAAGCCUUUCUGAGCUGGAGAUUCUUCAGACAAUUCUCAACAACCUCAGUUUCCCCAUAACCAUCAACAGCACCAGUGAGAUUUCCAACAUCGACGCCACGACAGUGUGUUCACGAAAUAUAAGUGGGUACCAGUGUGUGUGUGAGGAGAACUUUGCCUGGUCUUAUAACAGCUGUAUUACCUAUGGAGUGUGUGAUGCCAUCGAUGGUGACACAUGUGGCUGCAUUAACGAGCUUCCAGCUGAUGGUCAGUUCUGCCAGCUGAACAGCAGCCAAACAGUCACCACCCAAACACCAUCCUCUACAACAGCUCAAGAGCUGGUGGACUUCGAUGUGACCCUUGACCUCCACAUUCCGCUCUCCGGCGUUCCAGACGACAUACUUGAGUUGAUCAGAAGCGUUCUGGGGAAUGAAACCUUCCCUGCAACCAUCUCACAGUCUGUGGAAGUGAAAGAGUUGCUACUAACCACAGCCUGCUCUCCAAACUCCACUGACACACUGCUGUGUGAUUGUGAGGAUGGUUUUUCUUGGCCAUGUGACAAAUGCAACGCCAGCAACUCUUGCAGCGACGUCAACAGUCAAACCUGUACGUGCAUAUAUGGACUUCCCUCUGACAACGAGUUCUGCCAACCAAUCACAAAUAACUCCUUCUGCCCAACUCCAAAUCCAGUAUUGACAACGAUGACAACAGCCAUGCCAAGUACAACAACACCAUCUCCUCCAACAACUUCUGAUACAUCAACCAUUCUGACAACCACAUCAUCUCCUCCAACACUUUAUGAAACACCAAUCGUCAUCUCAACUACAUCAUCUCCUCCAACACCUUAUGAAUUAAAGGACAUUGGCAUUGUUCUUGAUUUGCACAUCCCGUUCUCCAACGUUCCGCCCAAUAUCCUUGAUUUGAUAAGAACAGCUUUGGAAAAUGAAACAUUUCCUGUGACAGCCUCAAAGUUUGUAGAAGUGAUAGAAUUAAACUUGACGACAGCCUGCUCUCCAAACGCUACUGAAGGACUGAGGUGUGAAUGUGAGGAUGGCUAUGCUUGGCCGUGUGACAUGUGCAAUGGAAACAAUUCAUGCAACGAUGUCAGCAGUCAAACUUGUACAUGCAAAUAUGGACUUCUUCCCAAUGAAGAGUUCUGUCAACCAAACACAGACAUUGAUUUGUGUCCCACAAGUUCUCCAGUCAUUCCAACCACUACAACUGCAAUGGCAACCACUACACCCGCAAUGGCAACCACUACACCCGCAAUGGCAACCACUACACCCGCAAUGGCAACCACUACACCUGCAAUGGCAACCACUACACCUGCAAUGGCAACCACAACAUCCACCCCAACCACAUCAACUGCCAUGCCAACCACAACAUCUGUCAUGCCUACCUCUAUGACUGCCAUGCCAACCAUGGAAAUAGGCUAUCCGAAUACAUCAACUCCUUCAUCAACUUAUGUAGAACUUUAUGUGCUCCAUGAAUUGUUCAUCCCAGUCGCCAGUGUGGAACCAGACAUAGUUGACUUAUUCAGAGCAGCACUCAAAAAUGAAAGCUUCCCUGUAACCCUCACAUCUUCUUUAAAAGUUAUAGAACUAAAUAUAACAACAGUCUGUCAUCCAAACUCCACUUAUGGCCUGGAAUGCAAAUGUGAGGAUGGUUUUGGUUGGCCAUGUGAGAUGUGCAAUAGCUACAAUUCAUGCAGUAGUGACAGCAGUCAAACCUGUACAUGCAUUUAUGAACCAUCAUUUGUACACCAGUACUGUCAGCCAAUCACAGAUAUCGCUAUGUGUCCUGUGAAAACCACAACAACAAUACCAGAAAUGACAACAGUGGCAAAUGCGACAACACCAGAAAUAACAGUGACAAACGCAACAACGCCAGAAAUAACAGUGACAAACGCAACAACGCAAGAAAUAACAGUGACAAACGCAACAACGCCAGAAAUAACAGUGACAAACGCAACAACGCAAGAAAUAACAGUGACAAACGCAACAACGCAAGAAAUAACAGUGACAAACGCAACAACGCCACCAGAAAUACCAACAGUGACAAACGCAACAACGCCAGAAAUACCAACAGUGACAAAAGCAACAUCGACAAAUAUAGCAACAGUAAUAUUUGCCACAACACUAGAAAUAACAGUAACAAAUACAUCAAAAAUGUCAACAGCGACAACAAAAAACAUGCCAACAGUAGCCACAACAACAACUGUAGCCUCUGUUAUAAGUGGGACAUUUACUCUAAACAUGGAUUUCGAAACGUCAUACAAUAAUAAAAACAGUACUGUUUAUAAAGAUAUUCAUGAUGCUAUUACAACGAAGUGUCAGGAGCUUGUGUCAAAAGAUUGUACUGUGAAGAGUCUAACCUUACGGCGUGGAAGUACCAUUGCUGACUAUACUCUCAUUAGUUCUUCUGGGGAUGAAAAACAAGUUGAUUUAGCAAAAGAUGAAAUGUUAAAUCAACUGGCAGCAAAAUAUCCUGUGGACUUUGUCAGUGUUAAAGAAUUAACUUCAUCAGUUAAUCCCAAGACAAUAAUUGCUGGGGUUCUAGUCACCCUGACAUGUGGACCUCCCCCGACUAAUCUGGGUUCAGACCUGACGGUGGAGUGGACACGCUCUGGAAAUCUCCUGGCCACAGACAAACCCAGCCAAGACAGAACGUCAAAAUACACAAUCCCAAAGUUUUUGAAAAUUCAUGACGGAACAUAUGUGUGUAAAGUGAAGCGGAAAGACGGUGCCAUUUUCACACAGAGCCUCUCCUUAACGUCCAAAGCAGCACCGCAGAUUACCGUGAACCCAGUCAGAGGAACGGUGCAAUGUGGUGGUUCUGUGUCAGUGCAGUGUUCUGUUAACACUGGCUACCAGGUUCAAUUUAAAGGCCUGACUCUUUCAACUCCUGGUUUGGAAAUCAAGUAUGAUUACAAAGCCCCUGAUGGAUGUACCCAACGGGAAGAGACGAUAACCUGCCAAGUGACAACAAACCCACAGGAUUAUAAAAUAAUAACUCUGGAAUUAAUCAAAGAUGUUUUUUGUAAAGCUGACGGUGUAUUCAGUGCCGGAUCGGAAGGUUUUGAGGCUGUUGCAUCCUGUGAAAAGGGCAAGGUGGGAAACAUAACUGCAGUUUGUAAGGCAGAUGGCAAAUAUGGAGAUAUCCAAGACAACUGUGUUCUAGAAGUCAUUCAGAAUCUGCUCAAUGAGUCGGAGGCAUUGGAUGCAGUUACUCUUCCAGCAUUCUUGGAAGACCUCAAGGGUGCAACUAUCAACAACUCUAAGACCAUAACUGAUUCUCCAGCCACCAUCAGCGCCAUGGUGAAAAUAUUUGCAAAUAUUGGCAGGAGGGCCAAUUCUUUACGAAUCACAAUAUCUAAGGCCUCUACAGAGAAUAUCCUGGAAAGUGCAGGCAUUCUUACCACUGAUGCUGCAAAAGACUCAUGGAAUGAACUGAACAAUGACAACAGAAAUGAAAGCUCAGAAAACAAAAAUUCCAGCUCUUCAUUUUUGAGCGCCUUUGAAGGGAUAACACCCCAUGUUGUCAACGAACCUUUGAACAUAGUUACGCAGUAUAUUAUUUUCACCAAAAUUAAUUUCACAAACAAUUUCCAGGAUGACUUUAAUUCCUCCGUGGAAAUAGACAUACCAGAAGCUGAGGGAAGCAGGCAGUCAGUCGCAGUAAUAUUAUUUGCUUCCAUGGACAACGUCCUUCCUGCAAGGCAAAACGUGAACACAUCAGACAGCGUCAUCAAUGGAAGGGUGGUGCUUAUUCAGCCAGAAUCAGACAUUAACAACAUAUCAAUAGCAUUUGAUGUUCUGAAUGAGACCCUGGGAAAGCCCAAGUGUGUUUUCUGGGAUUUCAAUCUGCGUGACGAUCUUGGAGGAUGGAGCGAUGAAGGCUGCUCCUUUGUACUGAAUGAAAAUGGAACAGUCAGGUGCAGCUGCAACCACACCACGUCCUUCUCCAUUCUGAUGUCACCUGACAGCCCUCAGGAUCCUGUGUUGGACUUUAUAACCUACAUUGGAAUUGGCAUAUCCAUGGGCUCCCUGGUUGUAUGUCUCAUCAUUGAAGGCAUCGCAUGGAGAAAAAUAAGAAGACAUUCAACGUCAUACUUGCGUCAUGUCUCCAUCGUCAACAUCGCCGUGUCCCUCCUGAUUGCAGACAUUUGGUUCAUUAUUGGGGCUGCCAUUUCAAACACAAACAGUGCGCCGGCCUGCACAGCCGCAACCUUCUUCAUCCACUUUUUCUACCUGGCUCUGUUCUUCUGGAUGUUAGCGUCGGCUCUGCUGUUGCUCUACCGGACUCUCAGUGUCUUUGACGGAGGGCUGUCUAAGCUAACCAUGCUGAUCAUUGGAUUCUCUUUGGGGUAUGGAGCGCCGCUGAUCAUUGCAACUAUAACUAUAGCUUCAACUGCUCCCUCAAAUGAGUACAUCAGAGAAAAUGUUGUCUGUUGGCUCAACUGGAACGAGUCCAAAGCUCUGCUGGCCUUCGUGAUCCCUGCUCUCCUGAUAGUGGUGAUAAACUUAAUCAUCCUGAUUGUGGUGUUGUACAAAAUACUGAGCAGAAGAGGUGGAGCAAACGCAUCCCAAGCAGAGGAGAAGCAUGUUCUGUAUGUGAUUGCCAGGAGUUUGGCUGUGCUCACACCGUUGUUCGGACUGACUUGGGGUUUGGGAGUUGGAGUCUUGAUCAGCCCAAAAAACAGAGGAAUGCACAUUACGUUUGCAUUGUUCAAUUCAGUCCAGGGUUUCUUCAUUCUGGUGUUUGGAACACUGUUGGACAAAACGGUGCGGUCAGCGAUGACCACAUCUCAGGGAUAUUCCUCGCAAAGCAGGACAAAAAGCACCAGAGGUGGAACUCUUUCCAGUGGAGUGAGCAACUUCUUUAACAAGCUGAAAAAACCAAGACGUUCUGCCAGGGGCUACCACACAUCUUCUGAUGCAUCCAACACUUAA